CGAUGUUUCAGCGUCAGUUCAUUAAGAUCUGGCGAUGGGCUAACGUUUGCCAAGCCUUUCAGCGAAGUUCCAAGAAUUCCAGCUCUGCCAAUUGUGGGAAGUUCCUGGAUAUAUCUUCCUAUUCUUGGUAGAUACAACAUCAGGAAUCAGAACGAAGCUGCCUGGGACAUGUACCAUCGGUACGGCCCUGUUGUAGGGGAACAACUUCCUGGAAGAAGAGUUCUUGUGCACCUGUUCAACGCUGACGACAUUCGAGCUUUGUACCAAGAAGAGGGACGGAUGCCAUAUCGCAUGGGAGCACUUCCGUUCAAGCUCUACCACACAGAUAGGACGGAGUACUUCGCCAACGCUGGCAUACUCAACGCGCAGGGAGAAGAAUGGCGCCAGAUAAGGAGCGCGGUUCAGCCUUGCACCUUUAGACCUCGGACUAUUCAGUUGUAUGCUGAAGCAAUGGGGCAUAUUGCUGACGAUGCGUUGGAACUCAUCGCUAGCGACCGGGAUGAAAAUGGAGACGUGCCGGACUGUUACACCAUCCUGCAGAGAUGGGCGUUGGAGUCCGUCAUGUUUGUCUCUCUGGACAGGAGACUGGGUCUGCUAGUUAAUCCGUUGCCGCCGGACUCGGACGCAGCUGGUAUAAUGAAAGGAAUUCUUACACUAUUUUCUGACAUGGACAAACUCGUCACAAGAUUUCCGUACUACCGGUAUUUUCCUACGCCUACCAUAAGGAGCUUCCAACGUGCCGGGGAUUACCUGGUCUCGCGCAUGUUUCACAUGAUAAAGAAAGCAGCAGAAGAGGACAAAUCAAAGCACGAUAGCAAUCAGAACUGCACCAUCCUCCGGCACCUCUACAAUCAGCAGAAAAUGGACUUCAAGGAAAUGUUUACUUUCCUCCACGACUUUGUUGUUGGCGGAACGGAUACGACAUCCGGUGCUGCCACCUACACAUUAUAUCGGUUGGCAAUGAACCCAGCAACCCAAGAGAAAGCACGACAAGAAGUUCUCGCCGCUACAAAGGACUGUUCUGGGACGUUUCCUGCACACGUUCACGACCAACUACACUAUGUCAGAGCCUGCAUAAAAGAAACACUUAGAUUUCACCCCAUCAUACCAGGCGUGAACAGGAAAAUAAACCAUGAUGUCGUAAUGUCAGGCUACUGCAUACCCGCCAAUACAGUAUUGCGGACUGAGCCAUUCGUAGCUGGAAGACUGGACGAGAAUUUUACUCGGGCGUCCGAGUUCCUGCCCGAACGGUGGCUACGGUCAAGCAACGGCAAUUCGCACAAGACAGAUGAUGACACGUGGCAACUGCACCCAUUCGCCUCCCUCCCGUUCAGCAUUGGACCGAGAAUGUGCAUAGGCAGAAGGAUCGCCGAGAUGGAGAUCACAGUUCUUGUAGCCAAGGUUCUCAAACGGUACCGAGUGGAGAAUCAUCAUGGAGACAUCGGUUUUGUAACACAGUUCACCGGUAAACCCGAAAGGCCAGCCAAGUUCCGCUUCGUCGAGCUAGAAAAAACCCUGACUUAAACUCCUGUAGUCUCGCCGUGCGGGCUGCCUAGUCAUUAGGAUGAUUGCAGACUACACUGGA